AAAAGAUUGAUGUUACAAUAAGGUACGUAACAUGUAAAGAACUAAAGCAAGCAUAAUUUUGUCCACACGAUCGUCGUAUAUGAAGUCUUAAUUCUAAACCAAAGAAUAAAAAAUGGCUUCACCACCUAAAAAAUUAAAGAUUGAGGAAAAUGGAUCUCGUUUGAGUAAACUUUUAAUCAAUAAAGGAACCCAAGCCUUAAAAACAACAUUGCAAUCUUUAUUAAAGCCAUCAAGUUUAGCUGGUAAACUUAAAGAUCCCUCUACAAUGAAGACAUUAACAUCUUUGAAAUGUAAAGUCAUCAAGAAUGAGCAAUGGGAUCUACUUUACCCGUCGAUUGGUGACCCUGACAUUGAAAACUUUGACAUCAUAUUAUUGACUGUCUUAUUGCGAAAUAUAUGUGGUCUAACAGCAUCAACUACAGGAUGGGAUAAACUUCCUUCCUCUUUUGAUUCUUCAGUCUCAGCAAAUAUUGCAAGAAUAAAGUUUUAUCGAAAUAAAGUGUACGGCCACAUAACUACAACUAGUGUAGACGACAGUAAGUUUGAGUACUUGUGGCAGGAAAUUUCAAAAGCAUUGGUUGGUCUGGGUAUUCAAGAAACUGAAAUAGAUGAAUUAAAGAAAGCUCCCCUCAUAGCCGAUGAGGCAAAUUAUAUUGAAAUGUUAAAAGAUUGGUAUAAAACAGAAGAGCAGUUAAUCGAUGUCACUAAAAAAAUCAAAGAAUAUGUGAAAGUAACUAAUAGAAAUGUUGUAGAGAUGAAAAAAUUGUUAGAGGGCAAAACAUAUUCAGAUGUCGAGAAGCUUGGAAAGUGUAAUUUCUACGGUCUUAUUAAAGAACUUAACAAGAAAUACUUACCUGGCACUAGGCAAUGGUUAUUUGAAAAACUCAAAACUUGGUUUAACGAUAGAAGUGAAGAUGCUUCUAAUGUCAUGAUUUUGAUUGCCGGUCCAGGUGUUGGUAAAAGUGUGUUUGCUGCUGAGGUGUGUCGGCGAUAUUCUGAAAAGAAGAAACUUGCUGCUUCUCAUUUCUGUAGAUAUAAUCGAUCAGAUUAUAGAAAUCCUCGAAUGUUGAUAGAAUCAUUGGCUAGUAGCAUGUGUGAUACAAUAUCAGAGUUUAAAUCUAAACUGAAUGAAGAAUUACAUAGAAACCAUUCCAAAGAAUCGAUCACCUAUGCUUUCCGUGUUUUAUUAAAUAAUCCAUUGCAUUUGUUGGAAGAUCAUAAACCAAUGCUUUUGGUUAUUGAUGCCUUAGAUGAAAGCCAAGUUGAUGGCAAAAGUGAAUUGUUGGAAUUGAUUGCAGAAGAGUUUGACCGAUUGCCUAAAUGGAUUAAAAUCUUCAUCACCAGUCGUCCAGAACUUCCUGUUCAAAAGGAUUUGAAAGACAUGAAUCCUGUGGAGAUUACAACUCAUCCUCGUGAUGAAAACAACGAAGAAGACCUGCACAAGUAUUUAAGACAUCAGUUGAAUGAUUGUGUGCAGAGAAAUCGCUACCUUCUUCAGAAAUUAUUUGAAAAAUGUGAGGGAUCAUUUCUUUAUGCGCAUUACGCACAACUGAGCUUAAAGAAAGAGGAAAUUGAGCUUACAGAAGAGAAUAUUAAAUCAUUGGUCCCUAGUGGGUUAAGCGGUGUUUACACAAAGCAAUUCAAAACAGUAAAAAUAUUGCUGACAGAGAAAAGUCUUUCAACCGGAAAUUCAGUUAUUUCCGAAGUUAUUUUUAAGCAAUUUCUUGAAUUGUUGGCUGCCUGUCGGGAGUUUUUACCAUUAACUUUACUGUUUAGCUAUUUAGGUUUUUCUGGUGACAUCAAGUUUGAAUUCCGCAGUAAAAUCAUUGAACUGUUAUCUCAAAUUUUGCCAGUUUAUAAUGACUCUUUAACCGUGUAUCACAAAUCUCUAAAUGAUUGGUUGAAAUCAGAUGGUUACGAACAGCACGAGUUUACAGUUGAUCCAAAAAAUGGUCAUAAGUUCUUAUGGCAGGCUUGUGAGAAUGUGUUUGAACAAAUUAAGUGUAGGAACAUUUCAGAAGAUCAGAUGAACUCUGCUGUGAUUAAAUAUGCUUUGAUAAAUGGAGUCCACCAUCUGAUAGAAUGUAGCAAAAAUGUUGACUUUAGUUGAGCAGAAGAUGUCAAAGUGGUUGGUAGGAGGUCAAUAGAUGUGGAAGACAACGACAUGCAUACCAUUAGGUCUGAAUUACCAUUAGGUAUGGUUUUCCACUUUUAACGUGAUGUACUAAACUUUAUGGUUUCACUGUAUGCGUUUUCACUGUAUGCGAAUAUACUCUAAAGUAGUAAAUUCAAAAUGUUUUAUCACAACAAAAAAUUUUCUUCUCGGAAAUUGUUAUUUAUUUAUAGUGACUGUAUAGUACAUCUUUCAAAAUAG